GUUUAUUGGGGUGCUUUGCGACAGCAGCACGACACGUGACGUAAAGUGUGGCUGCGAGUUGAAACACGGCAGCGGACGGUGCACGUGUGUAGGAAGUGCUUUGGACUUUAGUGGAUUCCAGCAGAUGAGAUCAUGUGCGACGCGACGGCGCUUUCACCGAACGACACCAGCACCGGCACCAGCACCGGCGCGUCCCAGGACGAGCGCAGAGGCAGGAAGCGGAAAAUAUCGCUGAGCAGCUGUGAUGUGUGUGAAGCUGAGGAAGCCAAGUACCGCUGUCCCAACUGCCUGAAGUGCUCCUGCAGUCUGUCGUGUGUGAAGCAGCACAAGCUCCGGUCAGAGUGCAGCGGAGUUCGGGAUCGAACCGCCUUCGUUCCUCUGGAUCACUUCAGCGACCUUCACCUGCUCAACGAUUACAGGUUCCUGGAGGAGACUGGACGCGUUGCUGACAAACCCAACAGAGACACCCUGCUACACACUCGCUCACGCCACAGCUACUGUGCGAUGCUGCUGCUGAGGAACGCGAAGGCGGCGAAGGUGAAUCUGAAGAUCCUGCCGAAGUCGUUCAGUCGGCGGCGAGAAAACACGUCCAUCUACAACAAAAUAGAGAAGAAGCUCUACUGGCACCUGAAGCUCAUCUUCCCUCAGAGCAAUGCUGAAUACACAGAGCGGGUUCCAGAAGAUCGCGUUCUCGAGAAGAUCCUCAGUAACUACAUCGACCCGACCGAGUCGGAUCCAGUCAAGCGACAGAACUUGAAGACGUACGUUCACACGCCGUCCGAUCAGCUGAGCGUCUACAUGAAGUCGGAGCAGAGGCUACCAAACUCUCUGAAGUAUCAUGAGCUGGAUUUGAAGAAAAGUCUCAGAGAGAACCUGAUGUUCAAAGCAGUGGUGGAGUACCCCGAGCUCCACGUGGUGCUGAAACAGCACCGUGAGGAAUAUCUCACUCGCGUCCCAGACAGAAGCAUCGUCUCGCCUCAUCUCUCUUCCUCCUCAAAAGCUCAGGGAGCUCCAGAGAGACGAGCGGAGAAGAAACCGACACCGCAAUCAGAGAUGGAAGAAGGAGAAAUCCAAAGUGAAGAUGAGGAGGAGAAGGCCAAGGAGGACGAUGAGAAUGCUUCCAGGAAUGUCAGUUGUGCAAUCGAUGAUGAUGAUGAUGAUGAUAAGGGUGAGGAAAUGAUGAAGCCGGGGUGAAGAUUGUGACGUCACGGAUGAGAAAAUGAGUGACUAUAAUAAGCUGCAGUUGAGUAUUUUCCCCGGAGAUCAUGUGCUCCAGCGGGACUGGAGAACCGAGCAGUUCUGUGGGACAUGUUUUGAUGUAGGGAAGUGAAACGUUCUCCUGCACAUCUCUAUAGAGAUACUUACUCAUUUGUGUUUUAUGUUUAUUGUUGUUCUUUGACAUUGUGAUUUCUCAAUAAAAAGAGGCGUUUCAGUGUUUUGCUUUGAUACUCCA